AUGGCCAAACACCACGAUCGCGCGGAAGGCGCCUCCGCAUCGUUCACAUCCAAUAACGACAUCGAGAUGCGCGACGAGAACGAGAAGCUUGCUCGGCUAGAUCACAGCAACAACUCCGAGGAGAGCGAACGCACAAAGGUGCCGGAAGAGAUGGAAAUGGGUGACGAACGCGAGAAUGCCGGUCUGCUGCCCGCCGAGACGGCUGAAAAGGUCGAGCCGAAGCGGCCUGCUUGGCUCGGCACCGUCCUGUGGACGACCAUCAACACCCUGGCGACCAUCGGCAUCGUGUUCACCAACAAAGCAAUCUUUUCCGACCCAUCCCUCAAGCUUGCGCAACUGACGUUCGCCGCGUUCCACUUCACCAUUACGUGGUUUACGCUCUAUGUCCUGUCGCGUCCCCGGUUCGCCUUCUUCCAACCCCGCCGUGUCACCAUCACAGAGAUCAUGCCGCUGUCUGUUGCCAUGGCCCUUAACGUCAUCCUGCCCAACUUGUCUCUCGCUUUCUCCUCGGUGACGUUCUAUCAGGUGGCCCGCAUCCUGCUGACCCCGACCGUGGCCGCGAUGAACUUUGUCCUGUAUCAGCAGAAGCUGCCUCGCCUUGCCUUGGCUGCCCUAGUUCCGGCCUGCCUCGGUGUCGGCAUCGUGUCCUACUACGAUUCCCUGCCGGCGGCUGACGCCAACGUCAAGACAACCUCCUCGCUUGGCAUCAUCUUCGCCUUCUCCGGCAUCUUCGCAUCAUCUCUGUACACGGUCUGGAUUUCAAGUUUCCACCGCAAGCUGCAAAUGUCCAGCAUGCAGCUGCUGUUCAACCAGGCCCCGGUCUCUGCAUUCCUGCUGCUCUACGUCAUUCCGUUCAUUGACACUUUCCCGACCUGGAGCACUGUCCCUGUCAGCCGCUGGGUGAUGAUCCUGAUGUCCGGUGCCUUUGCUUCGCUGAUCAACAUCUCCCAAUUCUUUAUCAUUGCCCAAACUGGUCCGGUCUCAAGUACGGUUGUUGGCCAUCUCAAGACUUGCACCAUCAUUGCCCUCGGCUGGGCCACUUCUGGUCGUUCGGUCGGUGACAAGUCUGUCUUGGGUGUUUUCAUUGCCGUCGGCGGCAUCAUUGCUUACUCCUAUGUCAUGAUCAAGGAAAAGCAGAAGGCCGCGGCCCUUGCUGCCAGAGGCCAGUAA